AUGGAGGAAGAUUGCUGCGCCACGCAACUCAUCUAUAGAGCUGGUAAGUUUAAUGCUGUUGGGCUCGACAGGUUCGUCAAGGAAGUGAAGCUUGCUGAGUGUGGAGUCUCCUAUGGUGUUGUAGCCAUCGUGGGUCCUCAGAGCAGCGGGAAGAGCGCUUUACAGAACCAUCUGUUCACUACUCAAUUUGCAAACAGUAGAAGGAGCCAAACUACGAAGGGUAUAUGGAUAGCCAAGUGUGUUGGCAUUGAGCCUUGCACGAUUGCCAUGGAUUUGGAGGGUACUGAUGGCAGGGAGAGAGGCCAGGAUGAUACAUUCAAGAAGCAAAGCACCCUAUUUGCUCUGGCAGUUUCAGACAUUGUGCUGAUAAAUAUGUAA